CUGCGCGUGGUCCGCUCGUCCGCGCUGUCAUGGCGGGUGCUCUGAAGAAGACUACUGGCCUUGUGGGAUUGGCCGUAUGUGAGACCCCACACGAGAGGCUAAGGAUAUUGUAUACAAAGAUUCUUGAUGUUCUUGAGCAAAUCCCUAAAAAUGCAGCAUAUAGAAAGUACACAGAACAGAUUACAAAUGAGAAGCUGGCUAUGGUUAAAGCAGAACCAGAUGUUAACAAAUUAGAAGACAAACUUCAGGGUGGCCAAAUAGAAGAGGUGAUUCUUCAGGCUGAAUAUGAACUAAGUCUGGCAAGAAAAAUGAUGCAGUGGAAACCAUGGGAGCCAUUAGUGGAAGAGGCUCCUGCCAAUCAGUGGAAAUGGCCAAUAUAAUCAUUAGUGAAUGACUUUGGUGGGUUGAUGGGAAAUUGAUGUAAUUAGUAUUCUAUUUUAAAAAUGUGUCUAAAUUAUGUGACAUUAUCAAACUGAUACAGAACCUAUUUAAGAGACUUAUUAAAAUUGGUAAUUAUGGUAA